GACUGUGCUACUUCUGGCCAAAUAAUUCCAGUGAUGUAAAAUCAGACCACGAUCUUGUCAAUCGUAUAAAAAAGGAUUGCACUGAAAGCCAUGAACACCGGCUGCCCAUCCCACCCCGCACAGCUUUGCGCUUUUCCCCUCUGGGUCAGCAUUUUUCCGCGGAGCUUUCCCGGACCUUCGUGAACUUUCCUCUCUCUCCUCCCGCUUUCCCGACGGGCCCUGGGCGGGCAGCACCGCAGUCCUGCGUCCUGCAGUCCAACCUCGGCUCGAAUCAGAAGAGCUGAGGCUGCGCAGCCGCGGACGGAUAGCGCCCACCACCGAGCGGCUGAGGCAGGGGCGGACGCGUUCUGGCGCGGCUUCUGCUUUUGCAUCCGUAGCUCAGUGUUUGAUCCCUCGGCAACAAAACCAGUCGGUUUAGCAUCUCCAGCUCAGUGAAGAUAAUUUUGCUGAAGAGCUAAGUCAAACUUCCCAACUGAAGGAGCCUAAAUAGAGCACUUGUAACCCGUCGUUCUCCAAGGACUUGGCUAUUGAGAUAGGAGUGACCUGAAGAUGAAACCUUCUGACACCUAUGAGCUGUUAGUGGAUGGUGUUGGGCCGUGGGACUUCACUGGUGGCUUUGUUCCUUGUGAGCUGCUACUUGUUGGAGAGGAUGCCUACCCCAUCCUUGUGAGCUCUAAGAAGCAGGUUUUGAUUGCUGUUUCACACUAUGGGAAGGGCCGAAUGGUGGUUGUUUCCCACGAGGGAAUCUUAAAGGACUCCAAGUUUUCCCAGUUCCUCAGAAAUGCUGUGGAGUGGCUCAAGCCUUCCCCCAAAGCCCUUGUUGGGGUCCAUCCUCAUUUAGAUGCCCUCUCCGAGCUGCUGCUCAGGGCUGGCAUCGGAGUACAGGCUGGGGCAGAGCUCAGCUCCUCCCUGGGGGUGUACUGUAUGGAUGCCUAUGACAGCACACGGGCAAAAGACCUUUUUGGCUUUGUGAAGGAAGGUGGAGGGCUGCUCAUUGGUGGCCAGGCCUGGCACUGGGCAAGUCAACAUGGCAAUGAGAAGGUGCUGCUUGAAUUCCCUGGGAACUAUGUGACCAGUGUGGCUGGUGUGUACUUCACAGGCAAUGCUGUGGAGAAAGGCAUCUUCAAAGUUGCCAAGAAGAUUCCCAAGGUUGCCCUGGUUGUCUCGCACCAGGUCAACCUCAGCCUUGAUGCUGAGUUUCUCCUGCACAGUGUGUCAGAGCUGGAUUUGGUGACAGGGGGCAUGCCCUCCAUCUUGCUGGUACACGGGUUGCUCUCCUUUCCACUCUGCCUGGACAGCUCACAUCGCUGCCUCUUGGCUGCGGCGCACUACGGCCGGGGCCGUGUUGUGGUGGCAACCCACGAGAGUCAGCUGUUCUCCCCAAAGCUGGCCAGAUUCCUGCUCAAUGCUGUCCACUGGCUGGACGCCGGGAAAAAGGGGCUGGUGGGUGUUGAUGCCAGCCUGAAGAAACUGUGCAGCCUCCUCCCUCCGGAGGAAGUGAGGUGCCAGGUGUCACAGCUGACAGGAGACAUCAGCGUGUACUGCUGCUCUUCUUACAGUGACAGAGAGGCGGAGAGGAUUCACACUUUCGUGGCAGAGGGAGGUGGCCUACUCAUCGGAGGCCAGGCCUGGUACUGGGCUUCCCAGAACUGUGGCAAAGCGGCCGUGGCAGAAUAUCCUGGCAACAAAAUCCUCAACCGCUUUGGGAUCAGCAUCCUGGGGCAGAGCGUCCAGGCAGCCAAGCACCCAGCCCUGGGUCCCGGGGAGCACUACCACUUCCGCAGAGCUCUGGCUCUUUUCAACAGGCAUGUAGAGAAGCAGGAGGAGCUGCAGACCCCGUUGGUGGACUGGCUGCAAAGGCUCUCUCAAGACUGCGCCGCCUUCCUGCACAUCCCGGCCGACGGCUGCCCCGCCUACGCCUCACUCCACCGCAUCCUGAUCAAAGUGCUUCAGAGGUCUGGGCUCCCACACGUCAAUAAGCACUGCCCCGUCAAGAGCAAUUCGAAAGAAGCAGUCCUGCUCCGCAUGGCCACUGAGCUGUCCCUCACUACCAUGGACAGUUCGGCCCUGGUGCAGAAAUCUGCCACCGAGGUCUGUGCCCACCCCAUCACUGUGGAAAUUGAUGGCACAAACCCAGGUAAGACAGCCUGGAGGAGCACGGGACUCUACCUCCCUGAAGGGCACACUGCAGUUAUAACAUUCCCUUGCCAGGUGGUCGGUGCUGGUCUGAAGGUGCAGAUUGGAUGUCACUCAGAUGACCUCUCUCAAGCCACAGAGCUGAAACGGGCCCCAGUGGUGAUACGGACCUGUGAUAUUGCCUGCCAGAAACAAUCCCUUUCCUGCCUCUGGGGUGGUCUCAUUUACAUCGUCCUGCCAGCAGGGAGUGUCCUCGGGAAAGUGCCCAUCACAGUAGAAGGGGCAGUCAGAGCUCCCUUCUUCAGGCUUGGGGAGACCUGUGAAAGGCAGUGGAGGAGCUGUAUCCGGCACUACCCUGCUCCUUGGGCAGAACUGGCUGCUGAGAAUCUCAUCCUGACUGUGCCAUCGGAGAGCAUCCGCCACCUGGAGAACCCAGAGCCACUGCUGACCCUGUGGAAUGAGAUCAUGGUGGCAAUAAGCAAACUGGCAGCCACACCAACAAAAUUCCCAAGGCCGGAGAGGAUUGUAACAGAUGUCCAGAUCUCAUGUGGCUGGAUGCAUUCUGGCUACCCCAUCAUGGGCCACCUGGAUGCAGUGAAGGAGAUGUUGGACACAAAGCACAUGAAAACCACUGGUCUUUGGGGUCCUAUCCAUGAACUGGGACACAAUCAACAGCAGCAAGCAUGGGAGUUUCCCCCUCAUACCACAGAAGCCACUUGCAACCUCUGGUCUGUCUAUGUUCAUGAGAAGGUUCUGGGGAUUCCCAGGCAUCAGGCCCAUAAGGCACUUAGUUCACAGUGUCGGGAGGAAAGGAUAACAGAGUAUCUGAAGAAAGGUGCUCAACUAAAGGACUGGAAAGUGUGGACUGCACUGGAGACAUACCUUCAGUUACAGGAAGGGUUUGGUUGGGAUCCCUUCAUCCAUCUCUUCUCCGACUACCAGAAAAUGUCCACUGUUCCAAAAGACAACCCUUCUAAGAUGAACCUAUGGGCACAGAAGUUUUCUCAGCAGGUGAAUAAGAACCUUGCUCCUUUUUUUACAGCCUGGGGUUGGCCUAUCAAGAAAGAACUGUCUGUGGAACUGUCCUCUUUGCCCAGCUGGGAACAGGACCCAAUGAGAUCCUAUAGACCAUGAAAGUAAACCUAGAUUCUUAUUCUAGCUAUGGCUAGUCUCCUUCUGUACUGCAUGAUAGCUCAACUAGGCACUUAGCUUUAGCUUCCUUCUGUCAAUGGAGGACAACCUCAGCAGAAAUUCAGCAGAAACCUGGAUGCAGCACAGCAGCCAUCUAAGCCAUAUUCUGAACUGUUUAGUGAAUGAGCUUUGUUCUGUGUUCUUCAUCUCAGGAAUGUCAUUCUGAGUAGAUACAUGUCCUGCAGAGCCUUUCUCAGAUGAAAUGGAAAUUAGAGUUACUAGGAUGGUCUCAAGGACAAUACGAAGAGUAUGGGUCUGUCAAGCAAAUAGUAGCUUCCACAAUAUUGUAUUCUUGUGUUAUAAUCUCAGUAACAUGAGAUUUUCACUAUGGUUUUGGUUACCCUAAAAUCCCUAGUCCUUAAUCACUCUAAAUAUGCAGAACUUCCACACCUACUAUCAUGAAAGUGACCUUACAAUGCUUUUAUAUGGCUUACAUAAUGCCUGAUAGCUGAUACUGAAAUGCUGUAGAUUUCUUCCUGUACUGUAUGACUCUGUGACCCAAUGCCCAGCUUCACGAAGUCGACUGUAAGUUGUAGCUGUUGUUGUUACCCCAGCCUGACAGCAAGAUCCAUGCCAUGCAGGACUGCAGAGUGGGAACAAAGAGGUGACUUGUAGUCAGUAAUGGCUUAACUCAUGGACUCAUCAAAGGUUAAAAAAAAUAAGCACAGACAUGACAGCAUGAGGGAGCAGAGAGGAGGAAGACAGCAGAGAGAAGGAAUGCAGAUCCAUCAAGACAAAGGACCCCCCUUUUCCAAGAAGCACAGAAGUUAAGCUUUCUCUUACCUCACUCAUAAUGCUUGGCUAGCAUACCACACUAGUGAAUGCACAGGGCUGGCCUAAUAACCAUCUUAGCAUUCCAGUCCCAAACCAUUCCCUGUGUUAUCAGCAAUAAAUAAUAAAAUUGUUGUGGACUUGCAGGUUGUGAGUGUGGUCCUACUUUCAUGUAUGUUCAGUGAAAAAAUGCCUAAAUAGAAGU